GUUUUUCUCGUGGCUUUGCCUUCUGGUCGUAUUCUCUUUCUUUCUUAAAUCCCUCUAUCUCUUUCCCCUUUUCUACUUACACAGACUCUUCCUCUUCUUACCCGGGUUUAUCAAGAUCAACCUGAAACUUCAACUCAAUACAAAAGUACCUGUCCACUUAUCAGAUCCGAAUCUGACAUCAUCCUCACUAUGAAGUUGGCAUGGGCAACGACUGUCCUCCUCCUGGGCUCCCAGGGAGUGACCUCUUUAUCUAUUCCCUUCGCCCCUCAAUCCGACCUCAUUGAACGCGAUCCCAACUCUGCGCCAGUGGAUUCUGACUUUGUCGAUCUCGAAAAGCGACGCGGUGGUGGAGGAGGUGGCGGCGGACGGAGUGGAGGGGGCUCCUCUGGCUCCUCUGGCUCCUCCAGUUCCAGUUCCGGUUCCAGCUCCAGCUCAAGUGGUGGAAGCAGUGGAGGCCGCUCAGGCAGUUCUUCUAGCAGCAGUGGCAGUUCGAGUUCGUCCAGCAACCGAGGCGGCUCAUCCAGCGGAGGCUCUGGGGUUUCCCCAUCCUACGGCGGCGGCAGAUAUUAUGCAGGUGGCGCCCGAUCACCCUACACAGCCGGCGCCAGAACCUCAUCUGGCAUUUCGCCUUACUUCUUGCCAGUUGCAGCACUGGCAUUCUUCCCCGGUAUCUGGCUCGCCGGGGCAUACGCCUACUCUUAUCCUCACGGGUACUACUAUCACAACGCCGACGACAACAAGAACGAGACGCUGCCCGUGCAAUGCCUCUGUGAGCAGAACCAGGAAUGUGGCUGUGACGAUAACAACAACAGCACCUACUACGAGUCUCUCUUCAACGGCACUCAGCCACGGAAUACGUCCAUUGCUCGCGUAGUCAACGUCAACGGCACCAAGACGAUUGUUAUCAACGGAACCUUGGCUAACGGCACGACCGCUGAUGAUGGCACUUCGAGUUCGGACUCCACCACCACCUCCUCCUCCACGUCGGGGGCCGCUCAGGGACCUCUGGUGACUCUGAUCAAUGCCAGCGGGUACUGGGUCAUGGUGGCUGUGGUUGUUGCGACCGUAUGGUCUGUCUAGAUGACCGACUUCUAGCUUUGAGAUGGGACGACCGAUGAUGGAUGACGGACGAUGGACGAUGGACGACAGGAUUGUAUGAUUUUAUCCUUUUAUGACCUGGCAAGUGUUGCUUUUUUUUUACUGUUAUAGGUUCGCCUUUCCUUUUUACCUUUGGCCGGAUAUUCUUUGGGGAUCGACCCUCUAUUGGGAUCUUACUCCGAUCUUGGUGUUGGCUGCAAAGAGCGAGCCGUGUGCCAAGCUUGACUUUCUCUGACGAGCGUUUGGGGUGGCUAUUUUGGUUGCUGCGUGGCUGUUUUGUAUAUCUUUCCCCUGGGAUGCUCUUGAUACCCCCCCUUUUACCCCCACGAAUUACUGUAUAUUAAUCCAGACAUAUGGCUUUGCUUGAAGUCAAUGAAAAUCCAUGACACUCUUUUUGCAAGGGCAAUCAGAAUCGGA